UGAAACCAUAACAAAUACAUUUUUUUUAAUUUCUACUCAAAUAAUGAUGUGCCGGUUAAAAAUAUUAAUAAUUGCCGUCACAAUAAUUGUAGCGUCUGUGCAUAGUUUAUAUGUGUCCAUCGAACAGUGCCCGGGCACAGAUGUGAAACGAAUACGACAACAAAUACAACACCAUGAAAUCUCGCUGAUUUUCUACUACACCCGUUGGAGUGCAGACAGUUUGGAGGCUUUGCAAGAAUAUAAUGAUGUGGCAGUGUACUAUAGUGAUAAGAUAUAUUUUUCCUCUAUUGAUUGUUGGCACUUGCAAUGCAAUUGUUCGAGAGCCUUAAAUACACCGGUGGGAUCCGGUCUACCCCACAAAUGGCCUACGCUAAUGGCGUACUAUGGAAGUCGGGGCCAAUUGCAAAUUCAAUAUCAUGGUUUAUGGUCCUUUAAGGAUAUACAACAGUUUGUGCAUAACUUGGUAUACCCUUUGGAAAGAUUACAUACCAAUGAAGAUUUGGAGCAAACAAAAUUGGUUUCCGAUGCCGUGGUGAUAGGGAUUUUCAAAAGCCCCGAUAGCAGAGAGUAUAAGCAGUAUCUCAUGGCCGCCCUGAAGUGGCUAGAAAGUGAUCCCUUAAGAACAUAUCGUUUCAAAGUAAUAUUUUAUACAAAUACUACAGCAGCAGCUACAACCUACAGCCGUUUACUGAAAGGAGAUGAUAGUGGUCCCGACAUUUUAUUUAUGGGCGCAUCCAACAUCACAAAGAGGUAUGCCGAACUUCAAGGUCAUAUAUGGAAUGCCACUAAUAUACUACUAUGGCUGCAUCGAGAACUAAAAGGCGAUCUUAAAAAACUACAUGGCUAUGCUACCCCUAUUACCAUAGCCCAAAAAUUAAAUCAAAAUUCUGUUUUGGCUGUUUUCGUCAAUCAACCUCAUCCAUUUUUCACAUACAUGGAGGAGAAGGUGGACAGGGAUAAGGCUUGCAGUAAAAUUGCCUCAGAUUGCUGGAAAAGAAUACAACAAAAUGAAUAUUUCCGAGCUUUAGGGAUACAGCAUAUUCUAGAAAGUCUUCAAAUUUAUACAGAUAACAAUCUGUGCUACUACAACAUGGAUAUUGCGCUCAAAAACCUUGGUGAUUACUAUGAAAUCAACAGUUAUUUGAAAUUUUUAGUGCAGAACUUGGCUUAUCCAUCCUCAUCUAAGGUCAAAGAUGACUUUAAGCCCAACAUAAUGAGAUUGUUAAACUUUCAUCACAUUACAAAUUGUUUAAAUUUUGAAAUCAAAUCAUCAAACUCUCUGUAUAUAGCCACGGCCAAACAUCUGCAAGCGGUGGUAGAUAAAGAAGCUAAGCUCUUCAAUAGCAAUCGCACUAUUUCCGUAGUGGUGUUGGAUACUGAACGCUAUAAGGAUUAUCUGCAAGGCCUAGACAUGAGACCACAGAGUCAAAGUAUGGCCAGUGCUUUUAUUAUUGAUAUGAAGCAAGAAAGUAUUUUCCCAAUGACUGACCAAUUUGAUAUGACGAACUUUAGAAGAUAUCUAGGCCAAUACUAUCAACGUUGUUUACCAGCUCACUUUAAGAGUGAGCAUUUAAAACAACUGAAUAACUCAAGUCCGCGCAAGGCAAAGAGUUCCUUGGACAGCUAUGGCAUGGCAAAUUUAAACCAUUUUACAUUUCAAAAUAGUUUGCAUUAUUCCCACAAUCAAUCGCUGGUACUACUUAUACAUUCACCAGAAUGUGCCCUUUGUGGCACACUGCAACAUACAUUUAUACAAAUAUCAUCGGCUCUGAGAUCACUUGCACCCGAGCUGCAGUUUGUUAGACUCAAUGCUCUGCUAAACGAUUUACCAUGGCAAUUCAAUAUGGCCUCUUUGCCAGUGCUGUUAGUUUUUCCCAAGCAUGGCUUCAGUGAUACGCGCAUUUUUCCCUCACAUUUAAAACCAGAUUUUAAAAAUGUUUUUGCAUUUAUUUUAAAGCAACUACCUGCAGAAGACCAAAUAAAAACCAUAGUGACAUUCUGUCAGAGUCGGGGCUUAGGCUCGAACCACACCCAAUCUUGUUGGCGUUUUGCCAAAAAUCUACUUAUGCAACACAUAAGUAAUCAUCUACAUUACUGGCAAUUGUUCGAGAACGAACGAAGCAUAAUAUUCCAACGAUUACGUGCCUUUAAGGACAUGAGUUUAGAUGUACAACGUAAUUUACGAUUAUAGCUCUUAAGAUAUUAUUAUUCAAAAUAUAAUGGUCUCUUAUGUUAAUUCUAAUUAAAUAAAUUAAAUUAGAUUCUAUUCAAAUGUGAA